AUGAAUUCAAAUAACAAAAGUCACGAGAUAUCCAUUAAUAUAAAUGAUAUAAAUCAUUAUGGAAGACAAAAGUUAUUGGUAGCGAUAGCUCCCAAUGGUAAAUAUGUCAUCACGUAUAACAAAGAAGAUCAUUCAUUUGAAGGAUGGAUUGUCAGCACGGAAGAUUCAAAAUGGAUUUCACUUAAACGAGACCCUGAAGUAACUGUUUGUAAAUUACCUUAUGAUGAAAAAUUAAAUGAAAUCAAAGUAAAUGAUGAUAAAGUUGUUUUAUAUGUAUGUAAACAAAACAUAAAAACCUUGCAUAUGUCAAAAAAACAACCAAUCAAGCCUCGUUCAUUGCGUAAAAUUAGAUAUC